AAUGCAGUAAAUGAGAUCUAAGCGCUUCAAGCGCGGCACGAGAGCUGUGUUGAAGGCAUCCUUAUCGAAGAUGUCAAACGACAGUAACAUGCCACAUCACACACAAUAAAGGGUAAUACCAUCAACCCUUCCCAUCCAACCAUCAUCUCCCUCAACAAAAAUGAGCACUACAGGAAAAACAAUCACUUGCAAAGCUGCCGUCGCUUGGGAAGCAGGCAAACCUCUCUCAAUCGAAGAUGUUGAAGUUGAUCCUCCAAAAGCAGGCGAAGUUCGUGUAAAGGUUACUUGGACAGGUUUAUGCCAUACAGACGUUUAUACAUUAUCAGGAAGUGAUCCAGAAGGCGCUUUCCCUGCCAUUUUAGGACAUGAAGGUGCAGGUAUCGUAGAGUCUGUUGGAGAAGGAGUGGAAGAAUUCAAGCCAGGACAAAGUGUAAUCUUGUUAUACACUGCCGAAUGUAAAAAGUGCAAAUUCUGCACAUCCGGAAAGACGAAUUUGUGUCAAUCGAUUCGUGCUUAUACCGGUAAAGGUGUUAUGCCAGAUGAAACAAAACGAUUCCGUUGCAAAGGUAAAGAAUUGUUCCACUUUAUGGGAACUUCUGCAUUCUCGCAAUAUACCGUUGUCAGUCAAUAUUCAUUGGUAGCCGUUAACGAGAAAGCACCUCAAGAACAAACUUGUUUGUUAGGAUGCGGUAUCACUACAGGAUACGGUGCUGUUACAAACACUGCCAAGGUUGAAAAAGGAGCAACUGUUGCCGUCUUUGGUGUAGGAUGUGUCGGUUUGGCGGUAAUUGAAGGUGCAAAACAUUCAGGAGCCAAACAAAUCAUUGCCAUUGAUAUCAAUGACAACAAGCAAUCUUGGGCAACUAAAUUUGGAGCAACUGAUUUCGUAAACUCUACCAAACUCAAAGAGGGCGAAUCAAUCGUUGAUAGAUUGGUAGAAAUGAGUGGAGGCGGUUUGGAUUACACUUUUGAUUGCACUGGAAACGUGAAAGUGAUGCGUUCUGCUUUGGAAGCUUGUCAUAAAGGAUGGGGAGUUUCAACGAUCAUCGGUGUUGCAGCAGCAGGACAAGAAAUUGCUACACGUCCGUUCCAAUUGGUUACCGGUCGUAAAUGGCAAGGAUCUGCAUUUGGUGGUGUAAAGGGUAAGACUGAAUUGCCAGGAAUGGUGGAUCGUUAUAUGAAGAAACAAUUUGAUUCUAGCCCUCAAAUUGAUCGUUAUUUGACUCAUAAAGUCACACUUGACACAAUCAGCCAAGGUUUCGAUCAUAUGAAAUCAGGAGAAUGUAUCCGUUGCGUGGUGGAUAUGUCUUGAGCAAUUCAUAUUUUUAGGUGGGUUUCAUACAAUAUCAAUCAAUGCAUUCAUUAACUUUUAGUAUGAGAGU